AUGACGGAGCAAGUGGACGCACUGCACGGGGCCCUGGAUGAGAGCAGAAGGCACAGCCAGGGCCUGGCCCAGAGGGGGACGCGGCUGGAGGCGCAGGUCGCCUGCCUGGGGCGCAGAUGCCAGGAGGCAGAGGGCACGAUGGAGCCCGCGCAGACGGAGCAGGAGACGCUGAGGAAAGAAGGGGACACGGCAAGGCGGGGGGCCCGGAAGGAGCAAGUGCCCCAGCCCGUGGGCAGCCUGCACCAGGAAGGGGACAGGGCGCCGAGGCACCACCAGCGGCGGCAGGUGGCCAGUCUGAAGAAGCAGCCGGACCAGGAAGCGCCUCGGCAUCAACAGGCCCGCCUCGGCCAGGCCUUGCGGGCCAAGAAGUGAGCCCUGCUUGCCAAAGCCCCCAGGGUGGCCCGACAGCCACAUGCCGACCCGACAGCGCAUCAGAGCCGCCAUGGGGAAAACGGACGUCUCACGCUGCUCAGAGGACCGUGGUGCCACGGCCCAGAGCCCACCACUCCUCCCCCGGGGUCCCAUACCAGCAGGCGCCCCGCGAUUCCACAGAGCACCGAGCUCCCCCCGGCCCUUGGGACCUCCACCUCUGCGCACCCUGGACCGGCCUCCAGGACACUCCUCGCAGGCGCCGCCCUGCCCCUGGCCCGCACCCGGCCUGGCACUCUGUCUCCACUUGGGACGCACUGAUCUGGCCAGACCCUGGUCACCAGGCCCCAUCAGGCCGGCUCCCGCGGCCACAGGCUGCGUUCCAUGCCUUCAGCUCUAUAAACAUGGGGAAACACGUGGAAAAUAUUUCCACCAACUAGAGCCAAAAACAUAAUGUCCUGUGAGGCCCAGCCACCACUUCCCUACGUCCAGAGGCCGCGGAACCUUCUGUAUCCAGGAAGUGCAGGUCCGUCACAGUGGCAGGUGGCUGGAAAUGACUCAGAACCAAGUCCCUGUGACUCGCCGGCCACGGGAAGCACUGGCCGUGAGAGCUGAAGCUGUUACAGAAUCCCCCACUUUUCCAGCCUAUAAACUCUGGGAAAAUUCCUGGGGGAACCGGCCCCAGUUGGUAGGGAGACCGAGGUGGCCAUCUCAGGCCUCUGUGGGGUUCACCUGUCAGCAUUUUUACUCAUUUCCCCCAUGAACGUCGGCCAGAGUGAUUUGUUUUCCUCCCCAAAUGGCCUCCCCUGUUUUGCAAGCGGCACGUUUACGAUACGCAGGGCACCGGCCAGCCCGGUAAAUUCCUGCGUGCACAGGUGCUGGCUGCCCUCCAGGACUCCUGGGGGCGGGCAGGGCCGAGAGCACACAGCCCACCUCACUGCUGUCCCUGCACCUUGCUGCCCGAAUGCGCGAUCGCCGUAUGUCUGUUUCAAGAUCGAUCCAGGGCUUAAAAUAGGCUAUCCUGUCAAGACCUUGCUUUCCGCUUGAAUUUAGCAAUGUAUUCCCACAGGCGGUCAUGUGUACGAAAGCAGCGGCUAGAAGGAUGGGAGCAGACAGGUUUCAUUCCGCCCUCAACUCAGCCUGCUCACCGGUGGCUGUGUGGCUCUGAAGCCCAGCCCAGGCUCGGAGGGAAGCGCCGGGUGACCCAUUGGCAGUGGCUGCCUUGGGCCCAGGAGGCCGUACUGGUGCUACCUGCGGCCCGAUCCGUGCCACCGGUGGAGGCUAGCGGGCAGGUGCACCCCUACUUCAGAAGCGUGCUCUGCAGAAUGGGAGAGGCUGGGGCCCUGACAGGGGACGCGUGGCCCUCGGGGCCUGGCUUUUAGUAGACAGACGCCCCCCAGCAGAAGGACCCCAGGGCCGGGCCGGGCGGGGGUGUGAGGAGGAAGGAACAAGCAGCUGGAGACGGGAGUCUGUGCGUGUCUGCGGCACCCGCUGGCGUCGUAGGUGCUCCCAGCACAGAAGAAGCAAGUGCACGCUCACGGGUGAAAGAGGAAAAUGUAUCUCAGGUGCGGAAGGGGUCGGGUGACUUCUCAUUAGUAACAUGAAAGCCCCCAUGUUUUGACCAACAUCCUGGUGAUUUGGUGUUUUCCUUGCCCCCGGUUGCACAUGCGGGACUUUCACAGCACCUGUGAGACCUCUCGAUUUUUGUAUGUUAAUAGUUCAAUCCACGUAGGAGAUGCUAGUUUUUACUUACUCAACAGAAAGUCAUACACUUAGGAAAAAGAGGAUUUUUCUAGUGGAAAUAAAUUGGUGUUUCCUUGAGCAUCUCCAGCACAAGGGCCUGUGCGUCUGACAACUACCCCGGAACCUGGAGGAGCCUGGCUCUGUCCUCCCAACAGCGCCCUGGGACACCUGUUGACAGGGGACUUCACGGGGGCUUCCGUGACCGGGCUUCCACGAGGUCUUGCUUCUGGACCAAGGCCACAAGGCAGUCCGCAAGAGGUCAGAGUCAAACCCAGAGGCCAGCGAGGCUGCAGGCACAGCGUCCUGCCGACUGGAGGGCAGAGACGGACUGGGGGUGCUGAGCAGGGUGGGUCCCAGUGCCCAGGGUGCUGGAACCCUGCCGGGCAUCCACCUGUCCUCACACGCACCACCAGCCCCACACUCCCGGAGGUGAGGUCAAGGCAGGAGGGCCUGGGGUGGGGCCAGGCCGAGAGGACAGGCUGUACUGCUGCCCAUGCCCUCCCUGUGGCCCGAGGGGAAAGGCUCACGGCUUCUUCCUUGACCACCCCGCACGGAGGCCUCCAGCCUCUAAGAGGCCCGGCAGCCCCCACAUCAGUUUGGGACUCAUCAGCCUUGGAGGAAUCCUAGCUCCGCCCCUUCCAGCUGUGUGGUUCUGGACAGGCUCUCUAGCCUCAGUUUCCUUAUCUGUGAAAUGGGCGAGCCCACCCCCGAGGGGCACGGUGAGCCCUCUAUGAGGUAUCGCCCACACUGACACCAGGCCCAUCAUGAAACCUCAGCGACAGGGGUGGGGGCAUCAUCAUCACCCUGUAGCCACUGCGGGUGGGAUGUACGAAGGAGGAGAGCAGGGAUGCCACAGAGAAAGGGCCCCCCGGGAGCCCAGGGAAGGCCGUGAUUCCCACCAGACAGACGAGGCGGCGGAGGGAGAAAGAACACCCUGAGGACACAGGCCCCAGCCCCCCGCAGCACCCCAGCUCUCGAGGGAGGCAGGGGCUUCACCUGGGCCACAGCUGGAGCAGGAAAUGGGCCAGCUGGAACCAGGGUCACUGAUAUUCCGGCUUCCAAAACAUUAAUUUGUUCAAAUAACUGCAAAGAAAACCUGUGACGACGAA